AUGGGUUUCACCCAACGGCUCGCGGCCGGCGCCGUGCUCGCGCAGGCAGCUGCGGCACUGGUGAUGCCCAGCCAUAACCCUUUUAUCACUAAGAGGUCGUCGUACGACCACGAAUUUCACAGCGACGCCACAACCGAGUACGAUUUCGUAUGCAUCGGGUCUGGUCCAGGCGGCGGGCACAUGUGCUCGAACCUAGCCAUCGCUGGCUUCAAGGUGCUCAUUAUUGAAGCGGGCGGCGAUGAGGGUAUGCAUCUAAUCCAGCAGGUGCCCGCCAUGAAUAUCGCUUCGACCGAGCACUGGGGCAUGGAGUGGGCUUACUACAUCCACAAGUACGAAGACACGGAGAUCGAUUUGAGAGACUCCAAGAUGGUCUACAACACCAAGGACGGCAAGAAGUGGACUUCGUACAACCAAACUGGCAACCUCGGCACGCCAGCCACUUCGGGUUCGAUUCCCGACGGCGCUGAGCCGCUGGGAAUCUACUACCCGCGUACUGGCGCCCUGGGCGGUUGCUCGCGUCACAAUGCCCUCUUCAGCAUGCAGCCAUAUGAGAUGGACUGGGACGACAUGGCGGAGCUGACGGGCGACGCCUCCUACAACUCGAGCAAUAUGCGUCAGUAUCUGACACGUAUCACCGACGUCAGCUACUUGCCUCACGCGGCCGACUCCGGCAGCUCAGGCUGGUAUCCGCUGCAGGUGACGUCGCUCCUCACGGCAGCGACGGAUAUCAAGAUCGUGUCAGUUCUAGCGGCCGCAGCCACGGCAUUCGGCAAGACGAUCCUUACUGAGGUGGUCGACACUGCCACUUACCUCGCUAAGGUGCUUCUCAGCGACAUCAACGCCCCCGGCCAGACCAUGGUGCCUCAGGUCUACCAGGUGCCGCUCGUGAUGCGGGAGGACUCGCACCGUGGUGGUGUAUACGACCUCAUUGUGGACACGGCUCUGGCUACCUGGCCGAACGGUACGCGCAAGUACCACCUCGACAUCAUGCUCGACACACUUGCAACCAAGCUCACCUUCGAUACAAGUGGCGAUAAGCCUCGUGCCACCGGCGUCGAAUACAUGAUGGGUCAGUCUCUCUACCGCGCCGACCCGCGUAGCGGUUCCGCCGAGCCCACGGACACCGGCCAUGUGAGUGUCACCAAAGAGGUCAUUGUCGCUGGCGGUGCCUACAACACGCCGCAGAUCCUCAAGCUCUCCGGUGUCGGCCCUAGGGCUGAGCUCGAGAAGCUCGGCAUCGAUGUCGUCCUCGACCUCCCUGGCGUUGGUACCAACCUGCAAGACCGCUACGAGCAGACCAUGGUGUCUAAGACCGAGACCCCCUUUGCGCUGACGGCAGACUGCACGUGGCACCCUGACCCGGAACUGGACCCCUGCAUGAAGAAGUUCGUCGAGGGUAACGACCAGGUUUCCCGCGGUGGAUACGCAUCGAACGGAAUCGCUGUCGCUGUGAUUCGCAACUCAACCACGUCGGCGCGCGGCGAGCCUGACAUUAUGCUCCUCGGCGGGCCCGCCAACUUUACGGGAUACUACUCGGGUUGGUCACAGGGCUGCACAGCCGACGCCCAGCACUGGGCCUGGAUUAUCCUCAAGUCACACCAGCGUAACAACUACGGCACGGUCGAGCUGGCAUCUGCGGACCCUCGUGAUAUGCCCAUUAUCAACUUCCGCAAGUUCUACAACGAUGAGGAGGCAGCUCUGGACCUGACGGCCAUCCGUGAGGCCUACGACUACGCGCGUUCCAUUAUGAAGGAUGUGAUCCCUAUCGGCGGUCUUCUGUCGGGCACUGACGGCUCUCUCCUCACGGGCGUGGACGAGAUCUUCGAAGGCGCCUUCACCGAGGUCUGGCCGGGAGCCGACGUCCAAGGCGACGACCUUGAUCAGUUCAUCCGCGACGAGUCCUGGGGCCACCACGCCUCCUGCUCGGCUCCCAUCGGCGCCGACGGCGAUCCCAUGGCCGUGCUCGACGGUGACUUGCGCGUCCGCGGCAUCGACGGCCUGCGCGUUUCCGAUCUGAGCGCUUGUAACAAGCUGCCCGGUUACUUCCCCAUUCUGUGGAUCCACCAGCUCGUUGAGAAGGUUGCCGACACGAUCGUUGCCGAGUACUCAUCGUAA